AUGCAGCCAUGCACCACCGCGCUGCAGGCAGGCGGAAGUUCGGAGCGCUUCCGCACUGCAAGCGGAAGGUCGGAGCGCUUCCGCGCUGCAGGCGGAAGGUCGGAGCGCUUCCGCGCUGCAGGCGGAAGGUCGGAGCGCUUCCGCGCUGCAGGCGGAAGGUCGGAGCGCUUCCGCGCUGCAGGCGGAAGGUCGGAGCGCUUCCGCGCUGCAGGCGGAAGGUCGGAGCGCUUCCGCGGUGCAGGCGGAAGGUCGGAGCGCUUCCGCGGUGCAGGCGGAAGGUCGGAGCGCUUCCGCGGUGCAGGCGGAAGGUCGGAGCGCUUCCGCGCUGCAGGCGGAAGGUCGGAGCGCUUCCGCGCUGCAGGCGGAAGGUCGGAGCGCUUCCGCGCUGCAGGCGGAAGGUCGGAGCGCUUCCGCGCUGCAGGCGGAAGGUCGGAGCGCUUCCGCGCUGCAGGCGGAAGGUCGGAGCGCUUCCGCGGUGCAGGCGGAAGGUCGGAGCGCUUCCGCGGUGCAGGCGGAAGGUCGGAGCGCUUCCGUGCUGCAGGCGGCAGGUCGGAGCGCUUCCGCGCUGCAGGCGGAAGGUCGGAGCGCUUCCGCGCUGCAGGCGGAAGGUCGGAGCGCUUCCGCGCUGCAGGCGGAAGGUCGGAGCGCUUCCGCGGUGCAGGCGGAAGGUCGGAGCGCUUCCGCGGUGCAGGCGGAAGGUCGGAGCGCUUCCGCGCUGCAGGCGGAAGUUUCUGUCCCCUCGCGCCAUCCCCCUCCCUUCCCCUUCCCCUCUUCCGCAACUACUCCUUUUCCACCCUGAUCCGCGCCCCUCCCCGCCAUUUCCGCAUUUCCCUCAUCCCCUCUCUCUCCUCUAUGCCCUCUCCCCUCUCUCUCCCGGCUCUUUAUCUCUUUCCCCUACCCUCCGCUUCCCUCCCCCCUUCCCACCCCGAUCACUCUCGCUCCCCUCUCCGUUUCCAGCCCUCGCUUUCGUUUCCUCUCCUUCGCGCACCUUGUGGUAACUCUCGUAGCGUAACCCCUAUUCCCGUUUCCUCUCUCCCUGUUUCUCCUCUCCCUGUUUUCUCCUAUGGACGCCAUGACGAUAUUCCCUUACAAUGUGUGGAAUGA